GGUUUCAGUGAUUUUCCUAACUCCUGUCGCCGUCACUAAAUCGGCGAACAAAACGGAGUGUACUGUAAGAAUAAUAUGACUAAAGUCCUGAGCGACAGUGAAGUCGCAUCGCUAGACGAGCAAAUUGAGCGAGUGACCAACAUGGGUCUUCUCACAGAGGCUGAAUGCAAGAACCUAUGCGAGAGGGUUCGAGAGCUGUUACAGGAAGAGUCUAAUGUCCAGCCGGUCCGAUGCCCUGUUACAGUAUGUGGAGAUAUUCAUGGGCAAUUUUUAGACCUCAAGGAACUCUUCAGAAUCGGAGGGAAACCUCCAGAAACUAACUAUUUAUUUUUGGGUGAUUAUGUUGAUCGAGGGUAUUACUCGUUAGAGACUGCAGCAUUGAUGUUCUUAUAUAAAGUCCGUUUCAAGGAUCGCAUCACCCUCCUUCGUGGCAACCAUGAGACUAGACAGAUCACACAAGUCUAUGGUUUCUACGAUGAGUGCUUGCGGAAGUACUCCAAUCCAAAUGUGUGGAAGUACUUCACAGACACCUUUGAUUACCUUCCGUUAACAGCAUUGAUCGAGAAUCAGAUCUUCUGCCAACACGGUGGUCUCUCGCCCUCUAUCGACCUACUAGAUCAUGUUCGCCAACUGGACCGUGUACAAGAGGUCCCUCAUGAGGGCGCCAUGUGUGACCUGCUAUGGUCUGAUCCUGAUGAGCGGUGUGGCUGGGGUAUCAGCCCGAGGGGCGCUGGGUACACCUUCGGACAGGAUAUCUCGGAGCAGUUUAACCAUGCCAACGGUUUGAAGUUGAUAGCCAGAGCCCAUCAGCUGGUCAUGGAGGGCUAUAACUGGUGCCACGACCGGAAUGUCGUCACCAUUUUCUCUGCACCUAAUUAUUGCUAUCGAUGCGGUAAUCAGGCAGCCAUCAUGGAGAUCGAUGAGAAUCUCAAGUACACUUUCCUGCAAUUUGAUCCGGCCCCUCGCGAGCAGUCUUCGCCUGAUAUUGCUCGAAAGCUACCGGACUACUUCCUCUAAGCCUAUCAGAGGAUGUUGCCUAUUGCUCGUGCGCUGUAGAUAUGCUUAUUAUUACUAUCUGUA